AUGCACAUGGCCUUCACGCUUACCCAGAAGAGACGGGCACGAGACAAGACGACAACGCGCUACAACAAACCUGCCGAUGCGGCGGAGAAUGUGUGGCCAAGGAACACGGGCUCUGUCGCUGCUCUUAUACGUCGAACGCUCGCCCGUACUGGCAUCAUCGGCAGCCUUGCCUCUCGCUUUGUGGUACCCGUGAAGACAAAACAUCAAAAGCGGGCUCGCAAGUCUGUCAAGCGCAUGCAAGGCUUCAAAAAAGACUUGCUGCGAAAGGUCAACUACCCAACUGACGCCAUGGACCUGGAGCGCGCUAUCCAGAAGCUGUGCUACACCAACACCCCCGUGAAGCAGCAGUCGUCUCGUCAUCCGCAUGCGAAGCUCCGGCUAUCACGAACACCGAUGCUCCGCCCUCACAUACCCGACCUACCGAUGCAUCCUCUCCUCUAG